UUUCUCAGUUCGACGAUAGAUUGGUUCAUAGUUGUGCUUUCAUUUUCGAAAAGUUUAUUAAAUUUUAAUAAUUUAUUAAAUAAUAAUAUUUUAAUAUCUGUAUACGUAUACAAAUACAUACUGUAUACGUAUAAAUAUUAAAUUAUUGUACUUGUAUAUUUAAUAUUAAAUAAUCGUAUACAAAAGCCGGCGCGUCUGUUGUGUAAUUAGGUUAUGUUUAGCGUCAUUUCACUGUGUGACACUUGUUUUUCUAAAAACAUUUCAAUUUGCACUUUUAUUUAUAUAUAAGUUUUGUUUCUAAUUAUUCAAUUUUCAAAAUGUCCGGAGGAAUGCUUUAUGGAGGUGAUGAAAUUGGUGCCCUGGUUUUUGACCUUGGCCAUCACUCAUUACGAGUGGGUUAUGCACAAGAAGAUACUCCAAAAGCUGAAAUUCCUGCCGUAGUUGGCAUUGGAGAGGAUACUUCACCGUCAAAAGGAGAACCUAUGGAUGUUGAUGAUAAAAAACCAGACAAUAACAUAACACAAUCAAAACCCAAGUAUUACAUUGACACAACUAUCUUACAUGUUCCUAGAUCAGGAAUGGAAGUAGUUAGCUAUAUGAAAGAUGGAAUGGUGGAAGACUGGGAUCAUUUUGAAAAAGUUCUUGAUUAUACGUAUUCUAAAAUUAUUCAAUCUAAUGCAGAAUAUCAUCCAGUGUUAUUUUCUGAAUCUCCAUGGAAUAUUAGAAGCAAACGAGAAAAACUUACAGAAAUUAUGUUUGAAAAAUAUAAUGUGCCAGCCUAUUUUUUAGUAAAAAAUGCAGUCCUAGCUGCAUUUGCUAACGGACGAGCGACUGGAAUUGUUAUUGAUAGUGGUGCAACACACACGUCGGCUAUUCCAGUUCAAGAUGGAUAUGUUUUAACACAAGCUAUCGUCAAAUCUCCACUUGGAGGAGAUUAUAUUACGAUGCAAUGUCGUCAAUUCCUUCAAGAAAAUGACAUUGAUUUAUCCCCAGCCUAUAUGAUAGGAGGAAAAGAAGUUGUAAAGGACCAUGAAAAACCUCGCUGGACUAGAAAAAAAGGAAUUCCAGAUGUUACCAAGUCUUGGCAUAAUUAUAUGGUUAAAAAAUUAGUUCAAGAUUUCCAAGCAAGUGUUUUACAAAUUUCUGAAACACCUUAUGAUGAGAAAGUUGUUUCUACUAUCCCCGCUGUUCAAUAUGAAUUUCCCACUGGGUACCAUCAGGAUUUUGCAUCAGAACGUUUUAAGAUCCCAGAAGCUCUCUUUGAUCCAAGUAUGGUUCAAAUGAGAGGUGGAGUUGUAGGCAAUACAAUGUUAGGAGUUGGUCAUAUUGUUACGACAAGUGUAGGAAUGUGUGAUGUUGAUGUAAGACCUGCACUUUAUGGAAGUGUUGUAGUUACAGGAGGAAAUUCUUUUAUUCAAGGAUUCCCAGAACGAUUGAAUCGAGAUUUAUCAAUGAGAAUACCAUCAAGUAUGCGAUUGAAAAUGAUCAGUGCAAAUGGAUGUGCCGAAAGAAGAUUUGGUGCCUGGAUUGGUGGUUCCAUUUUAGCCUCAAUUGGUACCUUCCAACAGAUGUGGAUUUCGAGUCAAGAAUAUGAAGAAAGUGGCAAGAGCCAAGUAGAAAGAAAAUGCCCAUAAUUAAAUCAGGAAAGUAAUUAAUCAGAAACAAAUAGACUUAUCUAAUGACUUCUCGCGAUAUUCGUCUUGUAAAUUUUUACUUUAAUAUCUAUUCAUAACUUUGAUAAUAAAUGUUUAAAAAAACUUUUGCUCUUGUUUAUAUAAA